AUGUCACCGAUCACCACUCUACUUCUAUGCCUGAGCCUUGGCCUCAUCUCCCUGGUCCAAGGCUACCCUAAUGAUUUCGAUGAAGCUGAAGGCGUCGCCGAUCUCAUGGGCGACGACGAGCUCGAAGGACUAGAUGAGAUGCCGAUGAUGGCGGCCGGUGCGACCGGGGAAGGAGAGGGGGGCGGUGAAGGACUCAGCGCCCAGGACCAACUCUUAGCUUUCUACGAACGAGACAGGAGAGAGGCGAAUUUGAAUAAGAGAUAUGACGGCAUCAGCAAUUUAGAUCGCUCAAUCACAGACUACUCAUCAACCCUGCUAUGUAGAGUCGGAGACUUUUGCAAGAAACAGUUCGAAAACACAUUCAACUGCAAGUGCAACCAACGUACUUACUGCGUCGCACGCGGAAGGAAUUACAAUGCACAAUGCAGCAUCAGCUAUUUCGGACGACUUGUCUUCUACCAGCCCAACCCGACCAACGGCGAACCGCUCAGCAUCAAACUAACCAACAAUCCGAUUACCAACAAACCGACCAACAGCGAUUCGAUUACCAAUAAACCGACCAACAGCAAUCCGAUUACCAACAAACCGACCAACGGCGAACCGAUUAACAACAAACCGACCAACAGCAAUCCGAUUACCAACAAACCGACCAACAGCAAUCCGAUAAACAACAAACCGACAAACGGCAAACCAAUCAACGGUAAAGCAACUAACAACAAGUAA